UCGGCGGAGAGUUUUCUAUAUUUAUUCGCUUUCACCACCAUCAAACGACGCCGACAAUGUUGUUAAUAUGCGAUUGAUGGCUGACAGAAGGCAUGGGAUUAAAGAUUGGAGUGUUAUAGAUGGAUCGAUUUGAGAUGUCUUCAUCAGACAAAACAGACAUGGCAGAAGAUGAGCUGAAGUUGGCUUUGGCGAAGUUCCCUAGCCACUUCUACAUUGAAAAUGAUGAGGCGUGCAGUGCCUACUUGACAGGGCCAAGAAUACGUAAUAUAAAGGACCGAAUAGAGGACGACAAAAAGCUCUACGAAGAAAACACCUACGUGAGACUCCGUGAACAUUUCACAUGUCGUGAUGCGAACUUGACGCUUUACCUCGACUAUCGUGAGAAUCAGUUUUCUUUUCCAGAGCGAAAAAUGAAGGAAAUGAUAGAGACCUAUCCAAGCAGUAAGGUUUCCCUCUGCAAUCUCGCCCACUUUAAAAUAGUUCUUGGCGAAGUGUCCGCCACCAAAUCGAUCUUGGUGGAGCUAAGAAAUAUGACACCCUUAGAACGGGUCCUUGCUGAUGCAGAAAUAGCGUAUGCCUAUAUGAAGAUGGGACCAUGGGGUCAUCUGAACUGUAAAAAAUUGGCUGAAAAGGUUGUCAACUCAUAUGAUCAAGACUAUCCAGGCCUUUCUGAAAUCGCCGCUUCCGAUCGCGAUCUGCUGAACGAGCUUCAAGUUGAAUACAGCCUUCUAGCAGCCUCAGCAAUUGAACGAAUGUUUGCUCAAAAUGAACAUGGGGAUGUGCUGAAGAAGGAAGAAUGCGGCAGUCCUGAGAAUUUGAUGAAAGAAUCCGCCAAGUUUUUGAAUAAAGUUGCUUCCUCAAAGUCGAGAGGUUACGAGGCAAUUGGUUUACUAAUGCUGUCCAAUACCUUCCAGCGAUACAAAAAGGUAUUUCCUUGGGAGGAGAGAUUCCUGACGGUUGACGAUUUGCAAUUGGUUUGGCCAGGUCUGACCUCGGCUGUCCAAUGGCUUGCGGAGGCAGAGCAAGCGGUAGCGAAGGCAGGCAUACAAAAUGUUGAUUACAGAGCCAUAGAGAUGCUUGGCAACGAAUAUCGGAAAAGCGGGAAAAAGCAGGAUUUGGACAAAGCUGGAAAGUAUCUUGAAGCUGCGGCAGAACAGAGUAAGAGGCCGGCCAUCUAUCAUCGCCUGGGGUUAGUGUACAGGCAAAAAUGGGAGAACAAGCCUGAGCAACGACGGGUGAUAGAUAAACGAAAGCCAGAUCAUAACAUAAGAGACCCAGGAAACCCGUUACUAAAAAAAGCUAUUGAGCACCUUGAAAAGGCUUUAUCCUUCUCUCAUCGAACCUCCGUCUUGUUUCAAGUUGAUCUCGUGCGAUUGAAAUAUUCAUACUGCGAAGAGCCAAUAAGUGAAACGAGCUGCGACGAGAUCAUGGAAAUGCUGAAUGGAUGUGUUAAACACACAAAUAAUCGUGGUCUGACGACGAGCGGCGAUCAAGCUUACCUAUUUAUGGAGUUUGCCCUGAUGCGUAAGGAGCUGCGCGGCGAUAUGGAAAUGUGUGGCAAGUACCUCAAAUUAUCGGCAGAGCAGGCGAUCAAAGCGAAUAAAUACAGCAGCGCGAUGAAUGAACUCUUUCAGCUUUACAAAAAGGAAUUAUCACCAAAAUCUGAACGGUACAAGACAUUGGGGAUAAUGUUUAAGCAAUUCGAGCAGUACGAACGUGCCAGAUGGAACUUGGACAAAGCAAGGGAAAUGGAGAAAAACGAAAAGAAGGGCAGAGGGAGGAAUGCAGAAGACCCUAAUAUCUUGGAGGAUCUCAUAGUCGUUUUAUUGCGACUAGAGGAAUUUCACCACGCAAGGCAGCAUAUGAUAAUACUGAAAACCAACGACGAAAGGUACCUUGAAAAACCAGAGAAUAGAAAGCGGUACAUGGAUGUUAGUUUGGCGGUAGCACGACAGUUCCCUCCUGACACCGCAGCUACGAUCUACCAAGAGUUGAUCACAGAGCUGACACCGAACAUUAAGGCAAACUUUGUUGUUGUAAUCUCAUCCGAGGAGAAGUCGGAUGAGGAAAGGACACAAGCUUUGGUAUGCAUGAUUCGCCAGGGCCUUGGUUUUAAUGAGGACACUUGUGUACUACCGUACGAGAACAUCGGUUUAAUCCUAGGAGAUUCCAACACACCCAUACGUGACCACAUAGAAUACUUUGUUGAGAAAGCCUGGUGCGUUAUCGUCCACCUUACUGAUAUCGUACUAGGUUUGCAAUCACUGCUCAUAGACAUUGACAAUACCAUUUCUUGCGUUCAAAAGCGCGGAGGACGAGUGAUAGUUGUGAACGAUGUAAACGGACAGGAUAAGGAUUGGAAGGAACGAACUGGCAAAAUGCGCGGAUGUACGCCUUGGAUCAAUAUGAAACGAAUUAUCCAUGGGUCGUCGCAUGCAGCCGAUACAAACAGGAAGGUCAUCGCUACUGAUGAUACAUUACCUCCCGAGAGCGAGAUCGAACAGACUCGAGCACUCCAGGAGGCAGCUGGUUGUGGUGAUAUUGCAUGUCGUGGAACAGAUGGUGGUAAGGAGUUGAACCGAUCAGAGAGUGAAGCUGGUACGACAGUUGAUGAUAGAGAGCAUCGUUGUGGACCAAAGGGUUCUAAGGAGUGGGGAAUGGAGAUUAUAACCGGCACUGAUGAUACGAUGCUUGGUGGGAAACGGAGAGGAAGAAGGGGACCUGUGACUCGGGGAGAUACCAAUAUAUCUAGACAGUCCAGCUCUGUACCAACAUCUGAAGAGUUUGAAGUCCCCGAAUCUGAAGGAAAUGAUAUUCCAGCCACUCACGAUUCUGAUAGUGAUACUGUCAGAGGGUCAAACGCCUGCAUCGACAAGAAAUCGGCUCUCCCAGUGGCCGGAGACCAUAGGUGGGACGUUAAGGGACUAGAACUUCUAGUUUGUGCAAUGCUAGAAAAAUAAGGCUAGCUGUAGUACUAUCAUCCGUGUGUACAUGCGAUACCCAAGCCUGGUAUUACCACGACGCGCUUCCUUGCGAGAUCUCGUCGUUUGGGUGGUCCGACCAACCGCUCGGGUCAAACGACGUCACGCAAAAUUUCGUCAAUGACAUGUGGUUGAGACAAAACGCGUCAGGCCAUAAUUUAGGGGAUCAAACCAUCGGACGGUGCAGAUAACACAACAUAUGUUCAUAGUUUAUUAGGAUAACCGGCACGUAUAGUAUAAAGUAGAAGCAAUGACUGAUAUUAUCGUGUGAAACCUUGGGACAUGGGACAUGCGGUUUCCAGCGGCUAACUCACAGGCCCGGCAAUAUUGCCAAAGAAGAAACAUUUGUGCGGGCAAAAAACACCUAUGUAUAUAACAGAUAAGGCAAAUCUAUAACUUAUUUUGAAUUCAUGAUGGCCCAGGCAAUUUUACCUCUUCACUAAUCCGAUCUGCAGACAAAGUCUCACAGCCGAAUUUCGCAAUAAUUCAAGAUACACCGCUAUCGACCGAUAUUGCGAGUUCGUCAUUGGAUUGGAAAACACAAAACAAACCAAUGGGGGUAGACUGAUAUAAUGCUGUAGUGGGGUGCAGUAGCUGCAAUAUUCAUCUUACAGUGCGGAAGAUGAUGACAUCAUAGGAAGGACAUGACGAGCAUCACCAUAGCAACAGACUAUGCCCUGUCGAUCCGUCUUGAUUUGGAAAGAGGACAGUGGUUUGGUCUUGUGUUCGUCUGGUAAUAAAUAAAUAUUUAAAUAAAUAGUGCCUACACGUAAAUAUAUAUACUCUCGUUUACACAUUAAGAGAUCAGUUCCAAGAGUGUACAGAAAACAUGGCUGACAGGUAACACAGCCCAAUUCUAUGUUCCAUUGGCUACUAGAAUUGUACAUUUCCAAUGGUGGUCAUUACUAACAGGUGGUUAUUAAUCUUUUGAUUGACCUUUAUGGAAAUGUACAUGAAUUUCUGAACAAUCAGGCUUAAUAAAGGGCCUAUAUUGGCAUAUUUGAGCUUCCAAUAUUAAUAGUGGGUGGCAUAACCAAGUUUAAAAGGACUGACCUCUUAAUGUGUAAAAGAGAGUAUAUCAAAGAUCACCUUCAACCAAACACUCAUAAGCCAAUGCAAGGGAAUUGCACAGUUUUACAACCUGCCAAGUUCACAAACAGAGUUUCAACCUAACACCAAUUAGCCAAUGCAGGAGGCAGGACAGUCUCACAACCUACCAAGGUGACAGACAGAUUUCAGCCAAAAACCUUUUAGCUGAUGCAGGGCGAGACCAGGCUCUGGUCAAUGUUUAAUAUCGAUUGAUGCAAAUUUUGGAGAGGGUCGACACCAGGAACAAAGUCACAUGAUGAGGACGACAGAGACAAUAGACCAACCAGCUAAGAUUGAAUUUCAACUGUAGGGCAAAAAAAGGCAAAGG